UCACUUUUUUUAGUUAGUUUCCUAUGAUGGCGCACUUGCGAAAGGUGGACACUUUUCUGUAAUCUUGUUUUAUUUAGUGCGGUGAAGUGAAAACAAGGUGAUUUUAAUGCCGUACCCAAGGCGCUUUUCCGCCAAGAUGCCGGGCGACUUCGAUGACGAUGUCACCGUUGUCGAUGUAUAUGAUCUGGCAUCGGAUAUUGGCAAAGAAUGUGAAAUAAUUAUCGAAAAAUAUGGCCCUGACGCAGUAACUUCACUGCUGCCGAAGGUGAUUAAUGCCCUGGAGCUGCUAGAGAACCUAGCAGUUAGGAAUGAGAAGGAGAAUCAUGCUUUGCAGGAGUUGACGGCAAAGAUAUCUCAGUUGGAGAACGACAAGAUUGAAAAGGCUGAAUAUAGACAACGGUUCGAAAAGGAAAUAGAAGCGAUCGAGGAACAAUGGCGGACGGAGUCUGCGGAGCUGGUCACAGCAGUGGCGAGGCUUCAGGAUGAGAAUAAACGGCUAAGGCGAACCAUUAAUGCGCCUGGCGAUGGAACGAGCGCGCCUCCAUCGCCCGCCCGGGAGCACGAUCAAGAAGUGCUGUCCCGGCUGAGCAGUACCGCGGAGAAGCAAAGGGCAACACUGCGACACCAAGAGGUGCAGUUGCAGGAGAAGCAGCAGCUCAUUGAGGGGCUGACCAAUCAAGUAGAGAAGUUGGCACAAGUCAGUCGCGACCUUCGGAGGAAACACAAGCAGCUACAGAAUCAGAUGCGCUUAGUAUGCGAGGAGAGGUCGGAACUGACUGCGAUAGUGCAAUCGCAACAGAGAGAUAUCGCAACGCUGCAGCAGGCUGACGUACAAAACAAGAAAUGUGCAGCAUGCGGCGCGUCGACCCCCGACGGCGACGACGAAGACCAAUCUUCAAAGCCCACGUUCAGCGUUCGCGAACUACGCGCAAUUCUCCACGAGAGAAACGAACUCAAGUUGAAGCUGAACCGCGCUGAGGAACAACUGCAGGCGUUACAGGUCGAACCACAACCAGACAGUGGUUCAGACACAUCGCCGUCUAUGAGCAGUACGGUGACUGCGGAAGAAGAGGAGGCCCCGGUGCAGGGCCCCCUGCCCGCGGAGCCCGACGACGCGCCGUGGAAGAGGAACAGCGGGAUAAGGAAGUUUUUUCGCAAGCUCUUUGCUGAGUCUGAUAUCACCGUGGGGUCAUUCCCCCGGCGCUCGCUGUCGUCGCUGGCCUCCAAGAUGUCCGCGGCCGGUGGCGCCCCCACCGCCCCCGCGUAGGCACUCGCACCCCACCACCACCACCUUCACCACCACACAACACCACAACCAAUCUAAACUCGACCUCAGGCAAGAACUCCUAAACACCAACGAAGCGGACCAGGAAUUCGACCGCUGGCUCGGAAACAAAUACGAGGCCGAAUUCGA